UAGUUAAAGGGGGGAGGGGGAAAGGGAUGUCCAGAAUAGCUAUUUCAUCCCCAAGUGUCGGGUCCCUAAAAAGUCGUAUUCCCAAAAGUCGGGUAGUCGUUAUGAAUGAUAAAAUAAUGCAUAAAAUAAAAAAUUUAUUUUUUUAAAGAUUUAAUGGUUGGAUUUGGUUCAGCGUUUACUAUAGCUAAAUUACAAGGGAAAGAAGUCACGAUUAGAUCAGAUCCAGUUAGCAAUGUAAUGUUUCUUUUUCUUGGAAUUUCUUUAUUUACAACCUUAACAUUUUUAUUUUCACAAAAAUUUAAUAUUGGAAGAUUACAUGGUCUCACAUUAUUAAUUGUUUAUUUAAUAUUCAUUAUUUGCGUAAUUUUAUCUCAAUUGAGCUUUCUUCCUUUUCCUUUUUAA